AUGUCUGUCGUCAUCAAGUCCACUGCCUUGAUCGGCGCUCUUGCCCUCAUUUCCAAGGUCUCUGCCCACGGUACUGUCCAAGGCAUCGUCGCUGGAGGCAAAUGGUAUUCAGGCUAUAGCCCCAGCUUCCAAUACCAGAACCCACCUCCAGUCGUUGCUGGCUGGUCGACCCCUGAAAACAUUGACAACGGCUUCGUCAGCGACUACACCUCUCCCGACAUCAUCUGCCACAAGGGAGCGACCCCUGGCGGCGCCUACGUGACCGUUGCUGCUGGAGACACUGUUGAGCUCCAAUGGACUGUCUGGCCCGAGUCCCAUCAUGGCCCUAUGCUGGACUACCUUGCCUCCUGCGGCGACGACUGCACUACCGUCGACAAGACCCAACUCCAGUUCAACAAGAUUGACGAAGCCGGUCUCGUUGACGGCAGCAGCCCACCGGGCACCUGGGCAUCUGACCAGAUGAUCGCCAACAACAACUCCUGGGUCGUCACAAUCCCGUCUGGCAUCGCACCAGGCAAAUACGUCCUCCGUCACGAGACCAUCGCCUUGCACUCAGCUUUCGACGUCGGUGGAGCUCAGAACUAUCCUCAGUGCAUCAACCUUGAAAUCACCGGGUCUGGCACGACUUCUCUCAGUGGCGGCACUGUGGGAACCUCGCUGUAUGAUGCCCAGGAUCCCGGCCUUUUCAUCAACAUCUACACCGCGAUCUCUUCCUAUAUCAUUCCGGGCCCUGCUCUGUGGGACGGCGCUUCUUCCGGCACGACGCAGCCAUCGGGCAGUGCUUCUGCCUCUGCCUCUACCUCUGCAUCUGCAUCCGCCACAAGCAGCUCCUCAUCUAUUGCGGCUACAACAGCCCCCUUCUCCACCAGUACCGGCACCGGCACCAGCACCAGCACCUCCACCGUAGUGACCAUCACCCGUAGACCGUCCAAGCACAACCACGUCGCGGUGAUCUCUUCUUCCACGGCCGACGCCGCCACUACGAGCGCUGCCGUCGCUACGACCUCUUCCUCCGUCGCCGUUGCAGCCGCCGAGACUGAGACUGAGACUGAAUGCUCCUCCGAACCAAUCGAGACUCCUUCGGCUCCUGCAUCCUUCUCAUCUAUGGUUGCCGUGACGAGCGACGCCGUCGCCGUCGCUGCCGCCGUCACCACCGCACCGACGUCCACACCUUCCACGGGAACCAGCCCCGUUUCAUUCACGAGCACCAUCACAGGCCGCAUUGGCCAGAGUACAAAAUUUGUGUGCUAUCUUGUCGACUGA